UGUGAUUCCAAUUUGAUUUUCGAUUUUCGGUUUGUUUACUUGAACGUCAAAAAUGUCCUUUCAUCUGUGUCGUGGGUGGAAGAAUUAUAUAAGGGGGCAUUUUGUCGUGGCUUUCGGUUUCGUCGGGAUCAUCUAACUAACUAACUAUCUGCAAAGGGCACCUAUUCGUCCUGGUGGUCCAUAAUGUCGUUCUUAAACGAAUGGGUCAGCACUCAACAGCUGCAGCUCUCUGAUGGACGUACUCGUCUUCACGACCGUGUUAUUCCGCGAAGCAACAAUUCUGUAAAUGCAUUCCACAGCUUCAUCUCUGCAGACCACUUUAUCGCGUGGUUUUCUUCUGCGUUUUUUUCAAUCGUGAAAAAAUAAUAACUCUGUUCUUUUACGCACAAGCUUAUACCGUUUUAUUUACCACAAAAUGUCGGCAAACUUGACGCAGACGGUUCUGACUCUGAAUAAGGAGUUCGACAAGGCUCAGGACAACCUGCACUCGAUUGCUAUGGAAGUGUCAGAAUCGAAAUUGACAAAAUCGAAAAAUUUGUGAUGCACAAAAUCGAUGUCAGUUGGAGCCUCAGUCUCCAAGUGGCGCAUGACAAAUUUCGGGAGCACCCAAAUCCAGUUUGUCAUGCAGUUUGGGCGAAGAAGACUCCUCCUGUCAUGCUACCCUGGCAGCACAUUUUAUAACCCUAAACAGGCUCACAAUCGGUCUCAUUUGCCUGCUCCCCAAUACAGGCCUUCAGUGCCCUACAUUUUACGCAUCACAGAUCAUUUCGAUUUUCUUUGUUGAUUUCGAUCCUGACAGUUCCAUAAUUGCCCAGCUCUGCAGCCAAGCGGAAGAGCGGAUCCGCAAGUCGCAGUCGCUGCAAAAUGACUUUGCACGGUACAGGAUAUUGGUCUGGUGUUUGUCAACUACAUACGAGAUGAGUACACAUGCAUGGCAGUAUUUGAUGUCAUGCAAGUAACUAAAGCUAUAGCUCUGUCAAAAAUUCUCUCAGGCAAUUCCACCGGCUCUCUGAGCAGACGCGGCAGAUCAUCACCGCUGCAGAGUCGCUGCAAGACACGGAUCCGACACUGAAGUGAAAAUUUGGUGGUAGCUUGGUUGAUCAGGAUGACAAAUUUGGCUCUGGUGAUGUACAAAGAGGUUUUUCUUCAGGGAUACUUACUUGUAUGAUGUGAUCGCUCUAUCGCAACUUAAAUUUCGACGUUGUCACACUGUACGGCUGGCAAUUAGCAGUAGUUCAGGACUGGGAGAAUGAAAGAGAAAAUAUAAGAAUUGGACCGCAGAUUCAGAUACUAGUACCCGCUAGUUACUUUGCAGAUGAAAUAAAAUCGUUGUACUUGAU